GCCGAGUGCUGUCCGGAUACACUGUCCCGAACAACUUCUUGAGGAGCACCCUGAACUUCUCCGGCAUGAGCGCGGAUUGAAAAGGUCUCGAGCUCAACACCACAGACCUCCCCUCGCUUGCUUGACGCCCUCCCCUUUCCUGAACAGAACUUAUACGUAAGCACCUCCCCUUUCGUCCGCAGCCUAUUCUGAGAUCGACGACAUCAUCACCGAUCCUCACCCUUUGCAUCCACCGAACACGGACUUGCGAUUUUGAGGACGCCUCAGGAUGCGAAUCGGAGCUUCUUCCUUCCUUGCGGCGGCUACGCUCGCUGCGUGCGCCUUUGCCGCCCCCAUCCUCGAGCUUACGCCGGCUGAACGAUCCCAGCUCGCAUCGCUCAGCCCUGUCGAACGAGAUGCUUUAGUGCAAACGAUUCUCACCGCGCGGGAUGCAGAGGCACUCGGCGCACCCCUGACAUUGCGCGAGCUUGGAAAUGCCGGAGCCGCUCACCUGCAAAGGAGCGCAGCGCGAGCUGGAACUUUGACGAGACGAGCAAACCCCUCGGGCAGCUAUGGUCCGGAUAGCGUCUCUUGUCCUGCAGCAUCGGGAGCGACCCAGCCUGGAGGGGGUAUUGGUCAGGUCAGGUAUGCCAACAGCAACGCACUCGGUUCUGGAGAGCAGGACUACAUCAACCGCAAGCGCAGCAACAGCCAGCAAGCGUGGCAGCAGUGGCUUUCCAGCACUGGCGCAGGUCCAGAUCUCGAUGGCGCGAAUGGGAUCCCCGGAGGUGUGGCCAAUUACACUUCAGCGCAGGAUAGGCUGCCGAAAGUAGGCAUCGCUCUCUCUGGUGGAGGAUACAGGGCUAUGAUUGUCGGCUCUGGCGUUCUGGCCGGCUUCGACUCGCGCAAUCAGACCGCAAACGAUCGCGGCGUUGGCGGCUUCCUGCAACUGGCGGACUACGUUGCAGGACUGAGCGGCGGGUCUUGGGCCGUCGGUGGGUAUGCUAUCAAUGACUGGCCCACGUCGCAGCAGCUCAAGGACGGCAUCUGGGAUCUCGAGAAGGAUCUCGUCGUUCCAGACGACGGCAAGCUGUCUUACUACACUGAUAUCUUGACCGAUGUCGCAAGGAAGCGAGGCGAGGGCUAUCCGACAUCAAUUACCGACUACUGGGGCCGCGCUUUGUCGUACCACUUGGUCAACGACACCAAAUACGUCGACCAAGGUCAAGGCACCACUUAUGGCGACAUUCGCAACACGAGCUCCUUCACAGAUGCUCGCAUGCCGUUCCCUGUAGUCAUUGCCGACGAGCGCGAGCCGGGCCAGCUCGUGCUCCGUUCAAACGAGACGCAAGUGUUCGAGUUCAACCCGUACGAAGCUGGGUCUUGGGAUUCGCACAUCGACGCGUUCAUCCCAAUCGACAUUCUCGGCACAGCGAUGCAGAAUGGAGAGAGCACAGCCUUUUUGGGCAGAUGCACGGUCGGGUUCGACAAUUUCGGCUGGGUCGUGGGCACUUCCUCAACCCUGUUCAAUAGCCUCUACUCUAUGCUGAUCACUUCCAACAAUAGCUCUGACAGCUCCAUCAUCAGAGAUGCCAUCGAAGCGGUUGCUGGUGCAGUGUCUGAUCAAAGAAACGACGUCUCGGUCGUUCCGAACCCCUUCGGUGGUCUCGAGAAUCGCCAAGUCGCUUCGCAGAGCAACAUUACCCUGGUGGAUGGAGGCGAGGAUGGCGCCAACAUCCCUUUCUGGCCUUUGAUUCAGCCCGCCCGUAAUCUGGAUCUCGUCGUGGGCAUUGAUUCCUCUGCUGACGUCUCUGACUGGCCGAACGGAACGGCAAUCCGCGAGACAUUCCUGCGCGCAUCGGGCAAUCCAGCCUUCAGCGACGUCUCAUUCCCCAUGAUUCCGACGCAAGCCACGUUUGUCAACCGCGGCCUCAACACCCGACCGACCUUCUUUGGGUGCAACAGGAGCUCGCUGAUCAACGUCGACACGGCUGGAAACAACACCAUCUCUCCUCUGAUCAUUUAUCUGCCAUCUUACCCUUAUUCGGCUCUAGCCAACUCGUCCACCUUUAAGCUGUCGUACUCUGACAACGAGGUCCAAGCACUGCUGGACAAUUCUGUCGAGACGGCUACUUUGGGCGGAUUGGCCAAUUCGGGCAGCAUCAAGUGGUCCACUUGCUUGGCUUGCGCUGCCUUGGAACGAGGCUUUGAGCGAUCAGGCACUGCGAGACCUCAAGUCUGCCAGUCUUGCUUUGAUCAAUACUGCUGGGAUGGAGUAUCCAACGACACUGUUCCUGCCGACUUCUAUUCCCCGCCAGUCGGUACACCGGGGUUCAUCACCUCGCAAGGAGCGCUGAGACAAGCUCCUCCAAGCACAGGUGGAAAUGGUACUAAUGCCGCUGCUGGUGACUCGGCCUCGACGGACAGAUCGGACGCAGCUGCGGUGCUUGAGCCUGCAGCAAUCAGAGGGGCGGGGUUGGCUCUGCUCUUUGUUGCAGGCGCUGCGUUACUGCUCUAAGGAGCAUUAGACUUCGCUCAAGAUAGUGUGGAUCGCGACGCAGUCCCAGAGGCGAGAGCAAUUAGGCAAGCAUCAAAUGCCAGAGUCACUGGCUUGUGCGAUGCCGCAAAACAAACAGAUCGCAAGAUUCCACCCUUUCCCAUCCCUGCCCUCCAUUCUGCUCCACUCCCCUCGCAGCGAACAAUGUAAAGCACACAUGCGAGUCAGCAAGACCUUCGUCGCCGCGCAUUAAUCAUUUUAGCGAUGCUAUCUGAUCAUCCAAUUACUCGCGCCUCGCGAGGCGCAAGGUCGUCAUCGUCAUACUGUCGCGCGUGUCCUCGAGAGAGACAAUGGUGGGCUGCUCCUCAAGCGGCGAGUGCGCCAAGGCGAGGAGGAAGCUACAAGUGCGGGUAGCAUGGCCGAGAGGCUUGACGUGGGCGUAGGUGCCACAUUCAUCUCAUAGGUUCUG